AAACUCUCACAUUCCGCGCAUAGCAAAGCUAUUGAAGCACUAGAGCGGCGUGAGUGCUGCGGGAUCAGUCUGCUCAGCGCUCUCAGGCAGCACACAGCUCACUGCGCACAGGGAAAGUACGGGCACAGUCGCACCGACACAGUCGCACCGAGAGCCCAGUCUGCUGCGCACACACUGGCUAUGCUCGGGCUCUCCCCAACAGUCGAAUAGGAUUAUAAUCCAUUACUUAUAUUUUCCACUUGACUGAGGAUUUAUUUACUUGUUAAGGAUGAGAACAGCCGAGGAUUCCUCUGGAACGGUUCUACACCGUCUCAUUCAGGAGCAACUAAGAUAUGGGAAUCUUAGUGAUAACCGUACAUUGUUGGCUAUCCAGGAGCAGGCUCUGCGGGCUGGAGGUGGCAGUGGAAGUCCCAGAUCAUCCCUAGAAAGUCUUGAACAGGAAGAGAUUCAAAUGGCUCCUUCAGCAAGGCAAGAACCCCAAGGCCAGGAGUAUCAUUGUGACUAUUUCUACUUGGAAAACCCCAUGUAUAAGGCUCAUGAAUUUCAACACAAAGGCGAGGAAUUGCCAACUUAUGAAGAAGCCAAAGCGGCACUCUCACAGUACUAUGCAGCCCAGAACACCCAGCCAGUGGAACAUGGUGGUCAUCGGCAAGACCAAUCCCUUAAGGAUUUGAAACAUGGCCAUGUCAGGUCCUUAAGUGAACGUCUGCUGCAGAUGUCUUUGGAGCGAAAUGGUGCCAAGCCUCAAAACCUUAUGAGCUCCUCUCAUAGCUUCCCACAGCUUUCAAGGCAUUACCAGCUAUCGGUGGCUCGUGAGCAACAGGAAGAUAGGGGACAGUAUAGGGGUGCUCCUCCGGAGUACCCUCAUUUUAAUCAACCAGUACAGGACAUACGAGGAUACACAACAGAACAAAGGCAUUAUUCUGGGGAACUGCCUGUAUAUCACCAGUCUGAAGUCAGACAAAUUCAAGAUCCUAAUCUGAACUACGGUCCAAUCGCAGCGUUCAAUGCAGCCGGAACCCAUAUGGCUGGAAUGGAUGCCCUUCUGAGAGAAAACGAGAAGUUACGUAGGGAGCUGGAGAGCUACAGUGAGAAAGCUGUUAAGAUUCAGAAGUUGGAAACUGAAAUCCAACGAAUUUCUGAAGCCUACGAGAGUCUCAUGAAGGCAUCCUCCAAACGGGAGGCCCUUGAGAAUGCCAUGCGGACCAGAAUGGAAGGAGAGAUCAGGCGCAUGCAGGACUUCAACCGAGAUCUAAGAGAACGACUGGACUCUGCUAACAAACAGCUGGCUGCUAAGAGUGUGGAGCAAAGGGAGGACUCUCAGGGAGUCGUGUCGAAACUCAUUGCACAGUGCCGAGAGCAGCAGCAAGAUAGGGAGAAGCUGGAGAGAGAAGUGACACUCCUCCGAAGCGCUAACGAGGAUCAGCGUCGACGAGCUGAACUGCUGGAGCAAGCGCUCAGUAAUGCACAGUCUAGAGCAGCUCGUGCAGAGGAUGAGCUACGCAAGAAGCGGGCAUAUGUAGAAAAGGUGGAGAGGUUGCAGCAGGCACUGAGCCAGCUACAAGCUGCCUGUGAGAAGAGGGAACAACUAGAGUUGCGACUGCGUACACGGCUGGAGCAAGAGUUGAAGAUCCUAAGAGCUCAGCAGAGACAACCAUCUGCACAGAGUGCGACGCUGACUCCUGAGCUCAGUGCUUCAGUAUUAUCUGAGCAGCUUAGGGAGAAGGAGGAGAGGAUUCUGGCCUUGGAGGCUGACAUGACCAAGUGGGAACAGAAAUAUCUGGAGGAGCGUACCAUGCGGCAGUUUGCAAUGGAUGCCGCAGCGACUGCUGCCGCUCAGCGAGACACAACAAUUAUCAACCAUUCACCUCGCCACUCUCCCAACAACAGUUUUAAUGAGGAUCUGCUGAUGGUCAGCCACAGGCACCAAGAAAUGGAAAACAGAAUCAAGGCCCUUCAUGCUCAGAUACUGGAGAAAGAUGCAGUGAUCAAAGUUUUACAGCAACGCAAACCACACCAGGGACCCCUACGACCUGCUAAGUCUGUCCCAUCCAUUUUCGCGCUAACGUCGCCCAACCAAACCUCAGCCCAAAGUGAAAGACUAGGAGUAACAGGUAAUGCAUCAAACGAACAGCAGACCUCUAGCACCAGCAUCUCACCUUCUCACUCCAAGCAUGGUAGCAAGGAUGGCGUCACCCAGACAGACUGUGCAACUGAUCAGACAGCUGUGUCAGAGAGAUUUACAAACUCCUCAUUAGAUAUCUUGGCUUCAUCGAAGAACGCAAACUUUUCUGACAUGGUAGAGAUCCUUAUCUGAGCUACUGUUUUGCUGUGCCUACCCCAUCACCACAGAGGAAUCCAGCAAGAGGUUCUUCAUCAAGCAAUUAUCUGGCGAAUCUGCUGAAUCCAGUCAAGCUCUGGCGUAUGCACAAGGGAUCCAGACAGCGGUGCCGUCAAUAAUCUAGAGUGAGGAGUUUAAAUGCUGCAGAUCUCAAUGGAAUAUGAUGUUGAAGCAUUACCAACGUCUGUUUGAGCUGCAGUUCGGAAGAUGAAUAUAAAAAGGAAAGGUUAAGCACUUUGAGGACAUUUCCACAACCUGCUCUAAUCCAUCUGAAGACAAGUUGAAGACUGUACAGUAAUUGUGAUUCUUUAUUAUGGAUAAAGGACAGAUAGUGCAGGAUCACAGAUACACAGCCCAUCUUUGUGGCCCUUGUUAAGUAAUGGACAUGUAUUCCAGGGGAAACAGAUUGAAGUCACUUUUGACUUUGAAACCUGCCAAGGGCCAAUAUUUUUUGCUGCUAGAGAACUACAGUCAACUGUAGGGGAGUAAAGUGGUUAAAAGUUACAGAGUUCUUGUCUUGGAUGUUUUUCAUGUACAUAUUUUUGUGUCUUUUUUUUUUUUUGUAAAUUCAUGUCUUUGUAUUUAUAUUACUGACUGUAUUUCACGCUCUCUUUCUGACCUUCCAUAUUGUGUUAAGGCUCAGACCAGUAACAAUGCUGGGAUCGUAGUUCGAUCGUGGCUUUUACGUUACCUCAUAUGAAGCUCUUUUGUGAUGUCCCUGUGACAGUCAUAUAUACGCAUCCAGAUCUCCAUAAAUUCGUAUGUCACAUCCUGGUGUCAUCUAGAACCUCAGAAAUCUUUGUCAUAUUUAUUAUGUAUCAUGAAAACUUCUCCCCACUUUGUACAUUGUUCUCUUAUUUAACUACUGUUGCAGGUCAGCGGUGGUUCUUUUUUAUUGGCUCAGUUCAUGUGCAAUGUUUACAAUAAGGGCAAACGUAAAAAAAAGAAACUGCAAAAAAUCCUUCUAUUUCCUUAAUUUUUUUGUAUUCUGCCAGAGGGACUUUCAAUAUAUGCCCACUGGCAGAGAAAGGGCUUCAAAUGUCAUUUAUAUUUUGGUAUUUUUAUUUCUGCCUAUAUGCGCUGUGAAAGUCUGAAUUCUGUUCCAAAGACGUAUGAAUCAGAGUAUUUUUUUUUCUUGUGAGUGUAUUAAGUUAUCGAAAGUAUUUAAAUAUGUAAGCGUGGCUGUUGUUCCUUAAUAUUAUUAUUAUUAUUAUUCUGCUUUAUUAUAUGCUGCCUGGAUGCCACCUGGGCCUGCUGUUGCGGACCAGACUAUUGUUAUUUUAAAUACAGAACUAAAUAAAUUUCCAAAGAAAAUA